AUGAAUACUAUAAAAAUAUUCUAAUGGAAUACAUUAGCAGAUACACUUUCAGAUGCUUUUCCACUUAUCAAUAAAGAAUUUCUAUAAUGGAAUCAUAGAUCAUAAUUAAUUGCUUAAUUUAUAAAACAUUAUUCAAGUGAUAUAUACUGUUUUGAAGAAGUUGAUCACCCAGAAUUCUUUGAAUAAGUUCUGUAAGAUCAUCUAUUUAUUUAUUAAAAGAAACAACAUAAUAAUGAUGGCAUACUAAUUGCAUAUAGAAAAAAUUUGAAAUUAUAAUCUGUAAACAUAAUACCGUUUCUAGAAAAUAACAAAGUUUCUAAUUAAUUCUUUAUCAAAGUUGAUUUUCUCGAUUUUGUAUUGAUAGUCACUCAUCUUAAAGCUAAAACAGAUUUUGAAAAGAUAAGAAGAAAUUAAUUAGAAUAAAUUAAUAAAUAAUUAAAAGAAGAUAAGAUUAUUUUAUGUGGUGAUUUCAACACUCAACCUCAAUUAGAGGCAGUUUCUAAUUUUAUAGAAAUAUCAGGAAUGAAAUGUACUAAUAUAACAGUGCCAACUACUUCUAAAAAUAGAGGAAAAUUAGAAACAAAUAUAAAAGAUUACAUUUUUUAUAAAGGAGUCCAUUUAAAAUAGAGUUAAGUAGGUCCAACAGAUGGUGUAGAAAUAAAUGAAAAUGGAUUACCAAGUUAAUAAUUUCCAUCUGAUCAUAUCUUUUUAAUUGGAGAAUUUGAUAUCUGA